AUGUUUACAGCCUCAAGACAGCAAAGAUCGCGUUUACUUCGUGACACUUCUAUUAUCUCUUCCACUUCAAGCCAGCAAGGCUCAAUAAUACCCCUCUCUCGCACCGCCUCGGAACACUUUUCCUCUGACGGCGAUGGCUCUUCCUUUAGUGAAAUACGACACGAAGAGGUGGGAACACCCCCACUUCGCCCUCCCUACUUCCCUGAUCUUUCUGGCUUUGUAAGAGAAUUAGAUACUCCCACACCUGCUAAUGCUUUAUACCUGAAAUAUGAAAAACACAUAGUAGAGCAUUUUGCCGCUCUUCCUUCUGAAGUCGAAGUACUUUUACGAGAUGCAGGAGAACAAUGUCAAGGCUCAAUAAAUUGUAGCGUCGGCUAUGCUGCUGUUUGGUCGCUUACAGACUGUUAUGUUUGGGAUUAUAAGAAAGAUCAUGAAAAGCAAUUUCAGCGAAGAAUGCCUACUUGUUAUAAGUUUCCAAUGCCGACUGAUGAUAUUCGCACACGAGGUGCCUUUGAUUCUGCGACACCUUUUGUUUGCAUCGUGCCGCCUAUUGAUGGAGUAACACCGGGGCUACUAGCAUGCUCAUUAAAAGGAAAUUUUAGAUAUUGGGAUGAUAUAUCUCUUGCAUUAACAGACAUUGAAAGAUACAAGAGUCUUGAUUUAUAUCUUCACGAAGACGAUUGUGUGACAUGCUUAGACUGUUAUGAGUUUUCCUCGUCAAAGGAUGGUAAUGUAAUAGUAGUUGGUACGGCAAAACUAAACCUAUCUAGAAUCAUUGUGAGGAAAGAAGGAGCAUCUACACUCGAGAGUUCCGUUAUGUCACGCAAUCCGGGUUACGUUAAUCCAUUGCUGAGUUCUGUUUUUGGACGAACCGACAAGUGUGCAAAUUCCAGAGUUGUUGCUACUACUCUCGGAAGGAAACUCGAGAGAAAAUAUUUGUGCGAGCUAUUUGUGCUUACGGAAAAGACUCUCGAACUCUAUGCACUUGCGCCUGCGCCUCGUCCACACAAGUUUAUGUCUACUAGUGACAUACACGAACUCAUAGCAAGCGAAAUCCGAGAAAGUGAUCCAAAACUGUUUGAGGCUAUUAGUUCUCUUGAUUUGAAGUUACUUGACAUUGAAUACUCAAAAAAUGGAGAACUAGUCAUAUUAGUCUCGUUUUCAGUGCGAUGGAACGAGAUGGAUGAUGAAGAUUGUUUGUACUCUUUGGUUACCAUCGGAAUGGAUCGGUCCGAGAACGCGCAGUAUCGUGUUGUAGAAAGCCGAAGAUUAAAGUUUCCCAGUUCAUUCUCAUUGUCUGCGAAACCGCGUCUUGUGCUUCCUAAUGGCGGACCUUCUGUAUUUGUGGUAUCUCCAGAAGCAGUUAUAAUCACAGCACUUGUAAAAGGCGCUGACUACAACGAAACGAUGACCAUGCGUGAUUCUCGGCGAGAUAAACUUAUUGGUUACGGUUUUGAAAAGAGUGAUAUAUUUGGACGCGGUGAACGUGAGAGUGUUUUGCAUGUGUUAACCAGUAGAACGGGGGUGAUGAGUUGCCGUCUGCGAAUCGGAGAUAUAGUGAGUGAGGCGAUGCAGAGAGGAGAAGCUGACGAACAAGACGCAAGGCUGACACAAGAUUUAAAAAUAAUGCUGGAACGGGCUGUAUUCUAUCAUAAUCUUGAACACAACCCUCUCCAACCUUACCUUUCGGCAGACCAAGGGGGUGACCUGAAUCUGGCUGCAUUAGAGCUUAGCGAAGAGAUUUUAGACACAAGUUCGAAAUAUCUUGACGAUUCAAUAGAUCUGAAAUAUCAAUUAAACGAUCGGCUAAUCAAGAUGACCCGCAUGGUCGAAUUCAUAGGGUCAUGUGGAAGAUUGAAUCAGUUAACAACAGCUACUUUGACACGUCUAUUCUGGAAUGGUGAUAAAAUUGCUUGUGCAAAAGGUUUAUGGGAUUACCAGAAUUCCUCUUAUGCUAAGCCCGAAGCCAAUAGACUCAAUGUGAACCUAUUGGAGCAUGCAAUAAAAGCCUACUUCCACGACCGCAAUAUCGAGGCUCAAGCCAACGAAGACCUCAGCAGGCAGUUUUACAAAUAUCAUGUGCGUGACGUUGGUAAUCUUUUUGUAUACGUUGAGCAACUUGUUGCAAAGUUUUCUGACGGUGAAGACAAAGCAUCACUCAUGUAUCAAGCAAAUUCGAUAUUACUGACUGGGUUUAGAGAAGCUUUUGAGUAUAGGAAAUCUACAAAGAAGGUCUAUGGUUUGACGGAAACCGAUGACACGGAAGCAUGGUCAUCAAAAGCCGAAAUUGCCAUAAUACUGCGAAGGCAGCUUGAGUCAACUGAGGCACUCGUUUUGGAUAUAAGUGACAGAUUGAAUCAAUUAAACCAAAAUCAUGCAGAUGAUGCUUUUGAGAUAGAAUACGAGAAAAUAAACACAUUAAAAGACCAAAUGGUGGAUUUGGCAGACGUGUUUUUCGGUACAACACUUGACCAAUUUAGUAGUCCAAACAACAAGGGCAAACUUCCUACAAGAGCAUAUCGUGACGGUUUUACGAGUAUUCUGAAAUUGCUAGUUACCGUUGGCAAAGAAGAUUCUGCACUACGUCUCGCAGAAACGUACGAGGAUUUCAGAACGCUUGUUGAACUAAGUCUUUUAUAUGAGAAAGACGCUAAUGCUCAUAUACAAUCGUACAUAAAUAAAUUUGGACAGAGAUUUGCAUACGUUUUAUACGACUGUCUGCUUGAACAAGGCAAGCUACAAGAACUAUUGAAUCGACCCCACGCUUAUGAGCACAAGCAGCUUCUUCAACAAUAUCUAAACGAACGAAAAAUAACACAAAUUUCGUGGCUACAUGAUAUCUACUGCGAGGAUUAUAAGAGUACAGCCGAAAAAUUAUAUCAUGAUGCUUUGUCCGAGCAACAAGUUCAUAAGAUGAAGACUAUGCUAAGUAUUAGCAAGUUAUCAAUACUCGCCUCAAUCGAGUCCAAAGUCGAUUCCCGGGAGAUUAGAAACCUAUUGAAAGAUGUUGAGUGUCGUCUGGACUUUGUGAAUUGUACCGCUCAGAACAUUCAGAAAAACUUUACGGAACUGCUCUCUAAAGGAGGCAUGACGUCUGCCGAUAUGAAUGCCCAGAUAGAUACCAUAAUGCGACAUUAUGCCAAUGAGAUUUGCGAAACUAGACCUGCACUUGCCAAGCUCUACAAGAGCUUCAUACCCAAAGUUUUGUGUGGCCAACUAUUAUCAAUAGAAGAUUAUGUCGACUGUCUGACGUUGCAGGACAAGCAGCAUGAAGUUGAUUUUGCAAGAUUAAUUAGGAAUGUGGCUAAAUUUGAAGAGUUGCCGAAAGAUCGUGCUCGCUCUACCAUACAAUCUUUAUGGCGAAGAUUAUACUUACAUGACAAGUGGGAAGAGAUAUCAGACACGAACAAAAUGUCGGAUGAGGACAUAGGCCAGACUCUGAGGCAGACGACUUUCUAUCGGACUGUUAGCUCGCUGAAAGAGGAGGGUCUCAGUGAGUGGUUCUACCCCCCAAAUGAUGCAUACUUUUCAAGUCCGUUAGAAGAGUUACAGAGGCGAUUUUCUAGUAUGACGGCGGAGGAAUUACACGAGCUUGUUGCCGACUACAAGCAGGAAAACGAAGCAUUAAAGAGAUAUAUCGAUGAGUUUAAUUUACUAACCUAUGUAAGUGAAACGUUAUAA